GGAAGACCCUGUGGCUCGCUUCGAAUCCCUCUCAUACUCCUCCAUCCCCGGCUGCCGUGUUUCUGACCUUCUGUGUCUCGCCGCUGGAUUCGAGGUCUUUCUGCUUCAGAUCCUUCGCCUAUCUCAACUCUCUGACACGCUGAAACCAGAUCCUGCGGUCUCUUUGUCGAUUCGACCGAAGAUCGCCACGAUGUCGAACUGUCGGAAUGGCGCCCCACCGAUGUACCUCGCCUGGGAAAAUGUGACGGUCACGACUGAUCAAAAGGCCAUCAACAGAGGUGUCCAGAUCUCCAUGGGUUCACCGGCUCAAAUACUAUCGCUUCGACCGAGUACUACCGACGACAAUUUGUACGUGGUCAACAAAGCCAACUGCGCGCCGCAGUAUAAUGAUUCGUGUGCUGGACUUUACGGCGGCGUCUUCGACUACUCGAAUUCCAAGACAUUUGCGCAAGUUUCAGAAGCGCAGUGGAAUGGCACCGAAGAGUCAAAUCCGAACCAGUUAUCCUUUGUUCACUUCAAUGACCUCCUCACUUUUGGAAAUGCAUCCAUCUACGGGUAUCCAUCCAUGUACGAUCAGCCUGGAUAUGGUGGACAAGGGGUCUUCCCUUUGGGCUCCGACUCGGAUCUUCUCAAAAUUGCAGUCGAGUCUGGGGCAAUCCCGUCAACUGUCUUCGGCUUGUGGACAGGAAGCCGAUCAAUAAACCAUCCUGUCGAUGGCUCAAUAGUGCUCGGCGGCUAUGACACCACCCGUGUCAAGGGAGAUCUGACGACCUUCAAGUCGCAAGAAAAAUGUGAAUUCUGCGUGGUCAUCACUGGCAUCGAAUACGAAGAUGUCACUGGUUCUCACAACUUAUUCUCCAACUCGUCUGAAUCUCUACAAAUCAACCUCCAACCAUCGGAACGAGUUCUGAAUGUCCCACAGAACGUUUGGGAAAAUUUCCAGACCGUCAGCAAUGGCGUCUAUAAUGCUACUUCGGGAUAUCUCCAGUACCCGACAUCCAACCCACCCACCGGCAAUCUCACGGUUACUCUGCAGAAUGGCUACAAGACUACUAUUCCUACCGAAGAACUGUUCUACUUGCCUCGUACCUAUGACGAAAAUGGCCAAUACUCAAUCUACAACGAUACAUAUCUUAUUCCCACAGUCAUGAACACCACAAAUGAUGGCUAUGUGCUGAACUGGGGCAUCCCGUACCUGACCAUGAAUUAUCUCAUUGGCGACUACAAGCGCGCACAAUUCAAGAUGGCACCAGCGAUCCGCACCGACUUCGACGCCCAAGGAGGGGGCUACGCACUCCAAGCAUCUUGCGACCCCAAGACCAGUGCCACAGCUUCAGCAACCUCGUCGGCGACGGCGGGCGGCGCCUUGACCACCUCUUCUGCAGCUGCAGCCUCACAUGGCGGUGGAGGCACCAACACCGGCGCCAUUGUCGGUGGCGUGGUGGGUGGCGUUCUCGGCUUGAUUGCCAUUGUCGGAGGACUGGCAUUACUGUUCUACCGCAGCCGUCGGCGCAGGAAUGCUCUUCCACCACCUGGAUCCACGAUGGGCGGCGAGCCUGGUAUGUCUCAGUACACCGGCAGCGUCGCAGACCGACGUUCGCACUGGACAGCCAUGAGUCCAACAGAAAUUCCCAGCGAACUGGGGAAUAACCAGAAAGCGGGCGAUGUCCAUGUUAAUCAGUGGCUGUCGAGCCAGGCUAGUGAUACACAAACCGUAACGGAUACGACGUCACCGAACUUGAAUGCCGACCACAUGGAUCGACCGUUUGAAAUGCCCGCUCAGUCCUGGGAUACCCGGUAGACGCGACUCGACAAUUCUGCACAUAUUCGCCUAGCCGCGGCUCUAGAAUUGCUUUCCCCUUUGGCAUUUUCGACAAGCCGGACUCCACGUCGACGUUGAUGGUUCCUAGUCUGAUAUCUGGAUAUUUUGGCCAAGUCCGCCGCCUUCCCUGCCUCUUCGUCCUCUACUUGUCUUUGCGGGAUGUCCAGCUCGAGAACGAAUCGAGUUGAACAGCAGCUCCGCCCCGCCGGCAUCGUCGCCUGACGAUUUCACGAUCGGGACAAUCUCUGUCCACACCCACACCCACAGCUACACCAAUACCAAUCAGGAUCCCUAUGACUUUCUUAAAGUCUCAACGGUCUCUCCCGCUGCUGCUGCUGCUACUACAACACACUUUCUCUCUCUUUCCUUGAUACCCGGAACUCAUCCUGCGCCGUAUUGUCCUGGCCCAGGGACAGAUGGACAGACGGACAGAUGGAUGGACGGGUGGAUGACUAGUUAUUGACUGCGCGAGGUUUUGGGCAGGUGGUGGGGGCGGAAAUGUUUCGGACAUGGCGCCCUGUGUAUGACUAGCAAUUUGAUCUUCGAAUCUACACACAUAUCUAAAGUGUCAUAAUAUAUAAAAAUGAGUGAAAGCUACUUGUGCGAGCCAUGUG